UCGACCCAUCUCAUCGUCAGGCUGGCAGGUGCAGCCACGGCGUUCACCUUCGCAGCCUUCUGCUACAUGCUCACCUUAGUGCUGUGUGCUGCACUCAUCUUCUUUGUCAUCUGGCAGAUUAUUGCAUUUGACGAGCUGCGCACAGACUUCAAGAACCCAAUCGAUCAGAGCAACCCCACCAGAGCGAGGGAAAGAAUUCUGAAUAUUGAAAGAAUCUGCAACUUGCUGCGGAAGCUGGUGGUGCCAGAAUACUCCAUCCAUGGGCUGUUCUGCCUGAUGUUCAUGUGUGCUGGAGAGUGGGUCACCCUGGGCCUAAACAUCCCCCUGCUCUUCUACCAUCUUUGGAGGUUUUUCCAUCGGCCAGCAGAUGGGUCAGAGGUCAUGUAUGAUCCUGUCAGUGUGAUGAAUUCUGACAUCCUGAACUACUGUCAGAAGGAGUCUUGGUGUAAGCUGGGCUUCUACCUGCUCUCCUUCUUCUACUACCUGUACAGUAUGGUCUAUGCCUUGGUGAGUUUCUAAACACAGUAUAGAAGACCAAGAGGAGAUUGAAAGACAGAGAAAGAGAACGACUAAGACCAGGUGAUGUCACUCACCCCUCUUUCUCACCACCCAUUACUCCAUCAUCACAGACCAUGAUUUGCUCUCCUCAAAUCUUUGGAUGGAGGGACGAACCUUCGAGGACAUUGUGAGGAAAUAAGGCAAAGCAAAGAGACGUUGUUGCGCCUGCUCAAGACUGCAAUCCAUCUAGAAGAGGAGGAGCAGACAUAGAAGAGCCAUAAAGGAGGAGGAAGGAAAUAAAGAAGAGAAAGAGAGAACACAUCUCAACUAGUAUACGUGUUGCCUUGAUCUGACCACAUCACUUCUUAGGGCCUGCAGGUCUCCUCUGCAAUUCUGAGUAUUACAGUCACUCACCUGUGAAUUUAUACACUUUGUGUUGCCUAAGUCCUAAAGUAGAUGUUGCAGAUUCAUAUCCUUCCAUUCCAAUAAACCUUUUUAGAAAAGAGAAUACAAAAUGCACAAAACGUAUUUAGUUCUUCUACCGAUUUGGUAUUUCAAUAAUUCAGUAGUUGUGGUAGAUAAUUUUCUGAGGAUAUGAAUAGUUGUUUCAUCAGAUAAAUACACAAUUCAAUGCUACUAUUUCGAACCAGCGUGAUGGUAAUUGCGUUAUUCAAAAAUAUCAAAUGUAUGAACUCAUAAAUUACAUGCGAUGGGCAUAAGCUUCUGUGAAGGAUCGCGGACACCCCAGAGUGGUGUUUGAGUCGAGGUCCAUUCCAGUCAAGGCACUAUCUCCCAGAUCCCAGUCCCCACCCAGGGAAAACAGGCACAUUUCAUUCCAACACAAAAUUAUUCAGGAUUGAAAUGGAUGUUUUGACUCUGGGUGACUUGGAACUGGGGUGUUUAAGUAUUCUGUGUUUGUCUAUUCUGUUCUAGGCAGGAAGGGCUGAUUUCACCAAGACUUUCCAAAGAGCUCUGCGCUCCGUGAUUCUAGAUCAUGGAAACCUCAUUCAAGAAAAGCAAUUUUAAAUUCACAACAACAGCAAUGUGAUCAUAGCCUAGGAGAGAUGACUGUACAUGGGAUCGUAUUUCCUCUGUGGAAUAAUACUGUGUGACACAAGUAGCAGACGAGGCUGCUGAAGAUGAUGAUAGAUCGGUCUGCUGUGAUGACUAUGUCAAGCGCAGUAAACCUUCUCACAUAGAACACUAUGGUUGGACUUACAUAACUGUUCUUACUCAAGUGUUACAGUGAAUGUUGGCAGACACUUGACUCUUGGUUCAUUUCAAAGCCGUGACUUAGCUGGCGCUGCCCUCAUCAUCAUGCAACCAUAGCUCUGUGUGUAGCUCAUUGAUGAUGAUCACACUGUGUAAUUUUAAACUCAUUAGAGAAAUGAGUCGUACUGGAACUUGAAAAAUACUGUGUGAUCAUUUGUUUACCAUAAACUGACCAUAAUUGUAGUAAUUAAUUGUGUACGACAAGUCCGAUAGGGUUCAUGUUGGCAUCUGAACACAGCGCCCUGCAUUAUAGUGGAGCCAUUCACAUUUGAGUAAUGUGUCAAUGUUGUUCAGCUAGGUUUCUUGUGCCAAGACAUACAGUAUGUUCUGUUCAUCAUGACAGUUCCCUCCAAAACAGGACAACAACCCUUCAACCCUGACAACAAUGUGAGUAAAUCACAGGCAGUCGCUAAAGCACAAAACAGGGGGGUCACAAAGGAGAGGAAAUAUAGCUAGGUUGACCAUCAAUGAAUGUCAUAAUGCAGUUUAUCAGAAUGAAUUAAUUAAUAUACAGUAUAUUGAAGAAUAACUAUUUGAUACGAUCUUUUACACAAGUCUCAUCACUGUAUGCUAUAGUUGUUGGUGUGCUAGUUUGUAUUCAUUAUAAUACAAUAUGAUAUACAGUACACACAGCAAUUCACAUAUUCUAAUAAAAUAGCAAUGUGUUGCA